AUGCGUGCUGUUGCAGUUUUUCUCGCGGUGGCUUUGUGCGCGCAGGGGGCGGUCAUCGACGCGAGGGACGACCCUUCGACGACGCCCUUUGACAAGAGGGAGGCUGCUUCUUUCACGGGUAUCUUACAAUCAGAUGUACUGGCUGGUAUUGCUGCUAUCAACCAGCAGAUCUACCAGGCGACUUCUGCAGGCUCGCAAUGGAAGAAGUGUAAUCCUAUGAACAUUGUUGUUCGUCGGGAAUGGUCUGCUUUCUCUAAGACUGAGAAGAAGAACUACAUUCAGGCGGUUAAAUGCAUGUCGAAGCUGCCUCCGAAAACUCCAAAGGCGAAGUGCCCAGGGUGCAAGAACCGCUUCGAUGACUUCCUUGGUACACACAUCAACCAGACCUUCGCUAUCCACAACACGGGCAACUUCCUCGCCUGGCAUCGCUGGUUCACUUGGGCCUACGAGCAGACACUUCGCAAUGAGUGUGGCUACAAAGGCUACCAGCCCUACCACAACUGGGCACGAUGGGCGUACAACCCCAUGGCCUCGCCCUCCCUCGACGGCUCUGACACGUCUAUGGGCGGAAACGGCGAGAAGGGCUGCACCAACCAGUCAUACUAUGGCAUCCCCACGAACAUGGACCCUCAGAUACAGAUUCCUCACGGCUCCGGUGGAGGAUGCGUGAAGUCCGGCCCAUUCAAGGACUGGCCCGUCAACCUUGGGCCCGUCUUCACCGACUCGCUUUGCACGCCGCCGAACCCGUACAGCAACUUCUCGGAUCCUGCCCAGGCUGGCCUCCUCGGCCUUGGACACAAUCCUCGCUGCCUCAAGCGCGACAUUUCGGCUUGGACGUCUAGCCAGUGGACCAACGAUGCCAUGGUCACUAAGCUGCUCAAUAGCCCGGACAUCAAGACUUUCUGGUACGAUAUGCAAGGUGGUAACCCGGCUUUCGCGAACAACUUCAUGGGCGUGCACACUGCGGGUCACUUCACUGUCGGCGGCGACCCUGGAUCCGAUUUCUUUACUUCUCCCGGUGACCCAUGGUUCUACUUCCACCACGCUCAAAUCGACCGCGCCUGGUGGACAUGGCAAAAUCUCCAACCCAAAGACCGCACUAAGGCACUCUACGGCACCAUCGUGAUUGCGGACCCGACCGCGCCCGCGACCAAGUUAACGGAUUCCAUGAACCUGGGAUACGCCUAUCCGGGUACCAUCACCGUCGAAGACGCCAUGAGCACCAUGGGAGGUCCUUUCUGCUAUACAUACAUCUAA